GGCCCACAGUUCAGUCCCAAAAAUGGCCGAAGAAAGUAAUCUUGACCAAUCAGACGUGGUGCUCGCUUCGCAUGGGGCCAGGGCUACAAUAGCAGGGUACUGUUCCCCUACCCCCCUGGAUUUCAAGACCAUAAUUCAAUCACUCUACCAUCAAACAAGAACCACAAGGAGUUUGCGACCAUCGCUGCGAUGUCGUUGCAAAUAAAUUCGAAUCAAAAGGUACCGUCAAUCCGACAGCAAAAAUGGCACCUCACAACGCGCAGUGGGAGGCCCAGAUCGAGGGCUUGCGGAAGAACCGGCGCCUCCUUGUCGCCCGCGGCAUCCCCUUCAAUGCCACGCGGGCUGCAUUCGAGACCGGCCUCAUGGCCAAGCUCGCCAAGCCCAACUCCAUCAACUUCCUCUGGCCGCCGCCGUCUUCGGCCAAUUACAGCAACCAGACUCGUCAUUCGGGCUGGGUGAUGCUCGCGUUCAAUCAGCGGACCGAUAUCAUUCUGGCCCAGGCCGACCUCAAGGAGUACAAGUUCAGCGGCCAUCGGAUCAAGAUUGAUCGAGCAAUAAGCAGGGUUGCGUAUACCUCAGGCUCCUCGACCAAGCGGGCGGCCGCGCCCGCCACAACGGCUCCCACCAUCGUAGCUCCUACGACCACCGCUCCCACCACCACUGCUACGAACCCCUUCAGCCCCCCCGGUCCAACCCAGCCAGGCUUAUGACAUCGCCGGCCCCAUCCCCUCCGACUCUUUCGAGAAGACUCCCUUUGUGUCGCGGGACGUUCUGAUAUGGGACGGCGAUGAGGUUCCCGACGAGGAGGACGAGAACCAGAAUAAAUGGGGAGAACGACGACGAGGCAUACCUGGACGACUAGGAGGAGGAUGAGCAGCAUAAACGAUGCUCGAGCCGCC